GUCUGAUGCAUGUUCGCUUUGUGGGCAUUCAUUCGCCGGCUGAAUUUCACCGCGAACUCGGGUCCGAUGCAUGUCCGCAGUUUUUUCUGCCGUUGCGGAUAGAUGUGUGCCGCGUCAGCUGUUGUGAAACGGAUCCGGUAUCAUCUACCCGUCUUCACCCGAACAGAGCGCCCGGUCAUUACCGCUGCAUCUGGACUGAAAAUUGCACUAAAUUCAGGUGUGAUGACCGGGCGUUCUACUCGGGGGAAAGACAAUAGUACCGCCGGUAGUGAGUAUCCCCAAUGCGAGUGAGAGGAUUGCUGACGUGGCACGUGUACGGACUCGAUAGUUUUUUGUUUUUUUUUUCUCGAUAGGUAUUCUGAAAGUGGAUAAGGUAGUGGUAGGUAGUGUGAGGUGAAAUUGAGAGAAGAAUAUAGCUUAAAAAAAAAAAAGACAAAAAAACUGGAUAAGGUAGUGGAUAAGGUUCAAUGAUGGAAUCUUUCAGUCGAUAGGUUUUCUGAAAGUGGAUAAAGUAGUGGAUAACGUGUUCUCGAUUUUUUUUUUCCCCCCCUUUCUCAAUAGGUUUUUCUCUCACAAUAGGAUGACUGUAAACGGAGCUGAGUAGUGCGCUCAUUUAUUUCCGGGUGGAAUAGUGAGGAAAAAAAAGAAAAAAGAAAAAAGAAAAAGAAAAAAGAGUGGAUAAGGUAUUGGAUGAGUGAAGGCAUGAGCUGGUUACAAGUCACUAUUACUCAUCAGUCAUCAGUCGUCAGUCAUCAUGAACCAAGUGGAUAAGGUAGUGGAUGAAAAGGUAUGAACUCCAAAAARAAAAAAAAAAAAAAAAAAAAGGUAUGAACUCAUCAGUGAUCAGUCAUCUCACUCUCACCAGUGACCACUCAUUUUAGACCAAGGGGUAAGGUAUGUCAUCAGCAAUCAGUUUUUUUUUGACGUCAUCAGCAAUCAGUAAUCACUCAUCUCUUUCUCUCAUCAGUGACGAAUCAUCAUCUUAGACCAAGUGGAUAAGGUAAUGGAUAAGGUAGGGGGAUGAGGUAGUGGAUAAGGUAGGGGGUUGAGGUAUGAACUCGUCAGCGAUCACUGCUGAAUAAGGUAAUGGAGAAGAUGAAUAAGGUAGUGGAUAAGAUGAAUAAGGUAGUGGAUAAGAUGAAUAAGGUAGUGGAUAAGGUAAUGGAUAAGAUGAUGAUCUUCAGAUGAAUAAGGUAGUGGAUAAGGUAAUGGACCGCCAAGGGGUCAGCGGCUCAUCUUCAGUCUAAACAGAGGCAAGCACCUGUGUGACAAAGAAGCCCAUGAUGAUGGCUGCUGCCUCCUUUGCUGUGCUGACACGCGGCAGCUGUCCGUGUGUGGCAUGGUCUUCCUCGUCUGCCCACGUGGCGUCUGCCAAGGAUAACAAACUAAUGAUGACGACGAUCCAUCAAAUCCCGAUCCCGACUGCAGCAAACAUCAACUGCUUGUCAAGCAGGAAACGUUCUGCUGAGGUCACCUCCUCCUCCUCCUCCUCCUCCUCCUUCUCAUCGUCGUUAUCCUCUUUAUCAUCAUCUCUAUGGUCUAUAUCAUCGUCGUCAUCGUCACCGUGUUUAUCUUCAUCACCAUCAUCACGAUGGCUGCCUCCGAACAUGCGCCGGGGUUUAAUUAGGAUGAUGUCACUGUCGCCGCUGUGUCACAUUGGAUAUGCAAUCCCUCAUCAUCAUGAUGUACAGAUUAGUCUUACCUCCUCCUCCUCCUCCUCCUCCACCUCAUCAUCAUCAUCAUCAUCGUCAGCAUCAGCAUCAGCAGCAGGGGAAGGAUUAAGGAUGACGUCAUCAUCAAUAUGGAUAAGGUCAUCAAAGUGGAUAAGGCGGGAUACUGCCCGCGGGGGGCACGGUGGAGACAGAGGAGGAUGGACAAGCCGAUUUCGAGCGUUUGCAAGAAGGCGAGAUGAAGGAGGGAUGACGCUAAGAAAUGACAAGAGACCUUUCAUGGAGAGGAGAGAAAGAGGAAGGGGACGUGGUGAUGAUGAUGAUGAUGAUGAUGAAAAUGAUGGUGGUGGUCUCUUUUCGUCAGCAGAGAAAGCGAUGAAGUCUUUGUCGAUGACGAAGUAUAGAAUGAGGGGAAAAGAAGGAAAGGAGCGUGACAUGGGAGGUUGGGGCGAAGGAGAAGGAGAUGGAGGUGGUGGAAGAGGAGGAGGAGAGGAGGAGGAGGGGGAGGGGGAGGAGGAUGGCGAGAGACGCAGGGCGCCGGUGUUUUCAAGAGCUUCCAUUUUUGGAAAGCAGGUCAUCACCAGGGAUGCAGCUUUGAACCUAGGUCUUGUAACCCAACUCUGGGUAGACCCCCUCAAGUGGGAGGUGGUUGCUGUUGACAUCCGGCCUAAUCUCCUGUUCGGUGAGGAGGAUAUCAUUCUUCUCAGCAGUGUGAGUCAGAUCGGCUGUGAGAUAAUGACAGAGGAUGGGACAUAUCUUGGGAAGAUCAGGGAUUACGAAUUUAACCCAGAAGAUGGAUACAUUCCGAAGAUCAUCUUCGACGCCCUGGGGAGUCCUUUUAUUCCUUCAUUCCUGAUUAAUGCUUACUCUAUGUCGGUCAAGGAAGUGGUGGAUGUGGGACCUGAUCGUGUCGUUGUUCGGCAAGGUGCAGAAGACCGACUACGGCAAUUGAGCACGGGACUCCUCGAGUUCUUUCUGAUGAGCGAGCCGCCAUGGAGGGAGUACGAUACACCGGAGGGAGACGGUGAAGAAGUGGAUGGUGACUCCUUCGCUCGUCCAAAGAGCAAGGGAUCGAAAAGGAACCGGCGUGAGAAACAGAAGCUGUCAAAUCCCCGCGAUACUUCCUUGCCCCCCGCCAGCGAUAGAGGGAGACAGGAAGCGAUGCUCACUCCGUCUACAACAGCCCCUCCGACGAGGGCUCGCAAGAUGGACUUAUCGGACGAAAAAAUUGCAGCAAGAAUGAUAACCUCGAAGCCCGAGAGGAGGUACGAGGAAUGGAUUCAGCCAGGGGGGAAGAAUAGUCUACUACGGGGAAAUCGGGAGUCGGAGUAUGAAGAAGUGGAGGUGUAUCGCCCGAACGAUGACCGCGUUUCUAGAAGAACUGCACGGAGCACAUACUCUCCUUCUCCUUCGACACUUCGUGAGGCUACGGUCCAAGAGGUUCGGGGCAAUCAGGAGUACGCAGCACAGCUGGAGGAAGUGUAUCGCCCGAAUGAUUACCUCGUUUCGAGACGAUCUGCACGGAACAACAUUCCCCCCUCUCGUUCGUCUUCCCCUUCGACAUUUCCCGAGCCUACCUUCCGUGACCCUACCUGGGACGAUCAGGAGUAUGGGCAAGUGGAGGUCUAUCGCCUAAACAAUGACCGCGUUUCAACAAGAACCGCACGCAAUGCCUCCUCUCCUUCUCCUUCUCCUUCGACAGUCCGCAAGCCUUCGUUCCAAGAGGCCUGGAUGGGACUUCGAGGAACUGGAUACCCGGAGUCACAACCAUACUCCAAUUUUGCGGACGAUCGAGAGGGAGGGGGGGAUUAUAAUAACGCCCUUCGCGAGGCGGAAGAGGAGGAGGAGGAGGAGGAGGAGGAGGAGGAGGAGGAGGAAGGGGGGGCAGUAAUCCCCUUGCCGAAUGCGCCGAACGUGAGACGCCCCAGCUUUUCACAGCAAUCUGGGGGUGGGAAAGUUAACCAAGAAGGAAGGAGAGGUUCACGCCGCGGCGCUCUCCUCCCUGUUGAAGCCUCCGUCUCACAGAGAUCGAACGACUUUCCAGAAGAUGCUGCGGAGCCCUAUGUCGCCAGCUCACGCAGAUACAGUCCGCAGCGCGGUUUCGACGAUGAGGACGGCAGGUCACAGAUGAGAUCCGGAGGUGGAUUGGCGAAGGGAGGGCCCGCGCAGGAUAGGCCACAGGAGUCCCCUCGUUGGGAUUCGCAAUGGCCGGGCAGCAGCAACGGGUUGCCUGCAGUGAGGAGCAUGCUUGAUUAUGAGCUGCUUGAUAAUGCGGAAGUUGGUGACCAGAGGGAAUGACCCGAGUCUGGCUUUUGUAUUUACUACAUAAUAAUAGGAUUUUUUAUUUUUUUUAUGGCUCGGUAGAGUCGGUAUGGUAUUAUUUUCAAUUUUUGUAAUUAUAAAAGAUUACAUCCAUGACUCUUUACUAUUUAGUCCCGACUCCUGACACUCUUUUUUUUUUUUUUUUGGUGACACACUGACACAUUUGGUUCUCUGCUAAUUUGGCUUGUUUUUUCUUUUCUUUUUAAUAAGGGCGACGGCGUUGAGAUAUCGUCAUUGAACAGACCGGCCCCAGGUCAUUCAGAAUGUUCUGGUCAUCUGCUACUGUUUGUGUCUGGAUUCGAACUCGGAUCUGAUUCGUAUUUCAACAGUUUGUGGGUGUACCAACUGAGGGCAUACUCACACUAGGAACUUUUUUUUUGCUCUAAGCUGUGGACGCAAUUGCAGUCAGAUUCAUCUGGGUCUGGCCGUAAAUGCAGUCAGAUUCAUUCAGAAAAGUUCUCGUGUGAGUAUGCCCUGAGCUAGGCUCGUUGGUACUCCGGCCUGUUUUGGGCAAGCGGUAUGUUGCCAGGAAAACAUCGAUAUUAGGUACACUAAGGGCCUAUUCAAACAAAGACUUUUUCCACGG